AUGAUGCUAGCAACCGUUCAAAUGCUCAUCACGAUAACGGAAGAAGUGCUGCAGUUCAGCUUCUCACACCUCAUUGAUAUGGACAACAGACUAUCACCACUGGCGGAAAAGCUUCUUGGAAGACAAAUAGUAAUUCCAAUCAUGGUGCGGUUUGAGUGGGAUGCCACUACAGCUCAAGUUGCGAGCUUGUACUCCACGCCAGACUUAGUUAAUCCAUUUACGAAGGUACUUGGUAGUUUGAAGGGUGCAGCUCGUGUGCUUAACAACUCGCCUCUGGCGGUGGCGCUCGGUGCAGCCUCAAUUUGA